CGUCUAAUCCCAAAAACCCAUGCCCAUACUCUUCACUCUUUUCCUAUCACAAACAUUAAAUCGAAUAUAAUGGGUUUUCGUAUUCGUCUUAACGACCUAGUUACGGUAAGGCAGUUUCGUACGCGCAACCUUCUAUAUAUAUUGUACUAUGCAUGACAUGGAGGUAUAUAUAUUGAAGACCGCGAUUUCUCUUGCAUUCAGCUCACAUCAUCCAACGCCUUGAAUUCUGUCCUCAAUAAGUCUAGCCACAAACUACACAUAUGGAUAUUACACUCAUUCGAGAGCCCGGAGGCAACAUCACUGGCGCUAUCUUUUUCCCCUACACACCCUCGCUCCCAGCGGCUUACGUCUUUAUGGGCUCGUUUGCCUUUCUUACUAUCGCACACAUUAUUUACAUGUUUCCACUGCGGUCAUGGUACUUUUUGUCCUUUAUUUUAGGCGGCAUCUGCGAGACCUUUGGUUAUUAUGGGCGCACCAAAGCUCACGAAAACAUAUCUGAAAUCGGUUCUUGGAUGCUACAGAACGUACUCAUCCUCGGCGGCCCUACCUUUCUUGCUGCCACUGUAUACAUGACGCUAGGCCGGUACAUAGUCGCCCUCGACGCUCACGAUCACGCAAUGAUCGCCCCCCGUUGGAUCACACGCAUCUACAUCCUUAUCGAUGUUCUUUGCUUUGUUAGCCAGUUCAUGGGUGCAGGCAUCCAGGCUUCAGGUGACCCUAAGAUCAUUAACAUUGGCAAUAAGGCAAUUCUUGGGGGCUUAAUCUUCCAGCUCGUCGCCUUCGCCUUCUUCGUCCUGAUGGCUAUCCGUGUGCAUUCCCGACUCAAUGGCCGGCACGAGGUCUACACGGCGAUGCCAUCGCGCUGGCCCAUGAGCAGGAAGUACUUCUGGGGCCUGUAUGUAGUGAGCGUGCUUUUUAUUGUGCGUAACUUGGUGCGCGCCAUCGAAUAUGCGCAACAAGCUACCAGUGGGGGCAUUUCCUAUGCGACGCGGAAUACAGAUGGCACCAUCACUAUACCUAAGAAGGAAGGAUCUGGCUCGAUUGGCUCUAACGAGAUCUUUCUGUAUAUUUUCGACGCGGCGCCAAUGGCUCUAGUGGCCUUGACCUUUUUAUUGCUGCAUCCCGGCAGAAUGUUGAAGGCAGUGAGGUCGGGAAAAGGCGAGAGACUGCUAGAAAUGGAGACUGGGAUCACGAUGACGGGCUAGAUCCCUCUCGGUAGCUAUUUUCAGAAUGAACUUGUUGAGUUUUUGAAAAGCUACACGUCGCAUACUUUAAAACAUGGACAGGUGAACAGGCUAUAUGCUUUCUAAGUUGUAGAGGAGAUGGCUAUGGAUGCCCAAAAGGCCUUCACUUCUCCGACACCGGUCCGGAAAGUGGCAGUGGCACACACUCUACCAUUUCCCAGUGCAUGACAUUCAAAGGUGGUGCUGGCCCCGAAAAACUGCACCCCCUCCAAAUUUGAGAUCUCCGAUAUCAACAUCCACUCCGCCCGCGUGACCACAAAGGAUACCAAGGUUACGGCCUCCAAUGUAUUGCCGUCAAACCUAGGCGCAAUAUUAAGAUCACGAAUGAAGAUCUUGUAUUGAAGCCGAGCUGGACUAAGACCGACUCAUUUUUGUAUUCAGAUGUCUUUAAUACGCGCGGCCUUAAUUGCACGGGUCCCGCAUGCGAGGGCGCGAGUAGUACGGGAGGGUGUGAGAUAUCUUGUGUGGCUUAUCCAGAUGUCUCAAAUGGUCUGGUAAAAAUUUCGUGCUCCCAAAAUAAACCCGUGUUCUAGAUUGUUGCUUCGAGUCAAUUUGAGACACGGCAUCUUGGAGGCCGCUUUAGAAUGCCACCUGUAGCGCAGUAUCUUGGAUUAUAUCGUUAUCAUAGUUAACUCUAAUGCUUAAUUUUCA